UGCGGAAGACUUUGUGAUAUCGCCGGUAUCCUUCCUCGUAUAAACCCUUUUACUGGAUUAGAGUAAAGGGUUCAUUUUAAAGGAUUUGGAAAUGGAUGAGAAUAUGAAGCUAUUGCAGCAAAGCUUGAUUGAGCUUGAAACUGAAGCUGAACACUUGACAUCAGGUAAGCCUCAGCUGGUUGAAAAUGAUAAAGUGAGGAAUGGGAACAGGGAAGCGCUUACUGCACUGAGGAAGAUGGCUCGGACAACAAAAACUAGUGUCCCGUCCCCUUUUGAGUCAAUGAUGAAGGAUAUUGGAAACCCUGGAUCAAGACCUUUGGUAAAGGAGUUUUGUGCUACUUGUGGCAACCAUGACUCAAAUGAGUGGACAUGGAUGAUGUUCCCAGGAACUGAUGUUUUUGCCAAGAUACCAUUUCAUGCUGCUCACACUAUUUUGGAGACAGGUUUGAUUUGCAAGUUAAUUUAUUUUGAAGACUCCGGUGUUUACUUUAUUUAGAAAAUUUAAAUGGAGUUUUUCUUCACUAAGAAUUUCUGGAUAGAGCUUUGUUGAGUAGCUGGAGAACAGAUUGGAUUUUGUUGCUUGCAAUCACCUCAAUCAAUUGUUGUUGCUGUUAUUGUUUUCACUAACAGAGAAACAUUGUUGUGGUAAUUGGGGGCAUAGAGCAUGAUUUCAUAAUUGUAAUUAAUAGUCACUAG